CAAAAGGUGAUUGAGAGAUGGAGAGGGUGAGAAACAUCCUUUUUGUUAUCAAAGCUAAAGAUGGUCCCCCCUUGUAUGAAAAAGAUGGUUUUUUUUUUUUUUUUGAAUUUUUCUGAAGUCUUUAACAAUAGUCUGUCAUCUAAAGAUAAGAAUAAGGUGUACUUUGUUCAUUGAUCUGAAAGUUGUAGUUGUGAUAUUCGGAUUACGAAGCAACAGAGGUUUAGUGCUCUGUAGAAUGUCUGCCUUAAAAAUUUAACAGCCAAAUGUACUAUUCCACCUGUGAUCUGCAAAUGUGAAUCAACAACAGUGUCUCAGAUGGGGGGAGUUUGUUCUAGAAAGCGAGACCAACUGGCUGAGGAUGACAGCAUACAUAGAGGAGUUUCAGGACGAUAUUGCAAGAGUGGUAGUUCAAAAUGGCUAGGAAGUUCACUUUCGCGGUCAUCUAUAGAUCCUAGGCAUGGAAAUGGAAAUUGCCCUUCUCUCAUGGAAUUGUGCAUCUAUCAAAUUUGUCAAGACAUUGACAAAUAUAGCACCUUCUCUAUGCUGCCAAGGGACAUAAGUCAACAAAUCUUUGAUGAAUUGGUUUGUUCACAACGUCUUACUAAAGUCAUUCUUGAAGCAUUUCGAGAUUGUGCUCUUCAGGAUCUUAAUUUGGGAGAAUAUCCUUGCCUUGAUGAUACUUGGAUGGAUGUAAUCUCUUCACAGGGUUCUUCCCUGCUAUCCGUGGAUCUUUCUGCUUCCGAUAUCACUGAUUCUGGAAUAGUGCAGCUAAAAGAUUGCAAAAAUCUGCAAGCACUAAAUUUUAACUAUUGUGACCAAAUUACAGACCAUGGACUGGAGCAUGUUAGUGGUUUUUCAAACUUGACGAGUCUAAGUUUUAGAAGAAACACCAUGAUUACAGCUCAGGGAAUGGAUGCUCUAUCUGGCUUAAUCAAUUUGGUGAAAUUGGACCUGGAGAGAUGCCCUAAGAUCCAUGGAGGGCUCAUUCACCUUAGAGGCCUAACCAAACUUGAAUCUCUGAAUGUCAACUGUUGCAAUUGCAUCACGGAUUCUGAUAUGAAGCCUCUUACUGGUCUUACAAAUUUGAAAAUUUUACAACUCUCAUCCAGCAAGGUGACAGAUUAUGGUGUUACUUUUCUGAGAGCUUUGCACAAACUUGCUCUGUUGAACAUGGAAGGUUGCCCCAUUACUGCAGCGUGCUUGGAGUCUCUUUCAGCCCUUGGUGCCCUCUUAUAUUUGAACCUUAGCAGAUGUCGUUUGACCGAUGAUGGAUGUGAUAAGUUUUCAAGCCUAAAGAGUUUGAAAGUGUUGAAUUUGGGAUUCAAUGCAAUUUCAGAUGCCAUUUUCGUACACCUCAAAGGUUUAACGAAUUUGGAGACCUUAAACUUGGAUUCAUGUGCAAUUGGAGACGAAGGACUGGUCCAUUUGGCUGGUCUUCAACGUUUAAAGUGUUUAGAGUUAUCUGAUACUGAAGUUGGAAGCAGUGGACUUCAAUAUCUCGCAGGGUUAAGCCAUUUGGAGAGUUUGAACCUGUCGUUCACUGUUAUAACGGACAAUGGGUUGAGAAAGUUAAGGGGGUUGUCAUCACUGAGAUCACUUAAUUUGGAUGCUCGCCAGAUUACUGAUGCCGGACUUGCCGCUCUUACGAGUUUGACUGGUUUAAUGCAUUUGGAUCUCUUUGGAGCUCGUAUUACUGAUUCCGGGACAAACUAUUUAAAGCAUUUCAAGAACCUGCGAUCUCUGGAAAUUUGCGGUGGAGGCUUGACUGAUGCUGGCGUGAAAAACAUCAAAGAUCUUACGGCCCUCAAUUUGCUAAAUCUUUCACAGAACAGUCACCUCACAGAUAAAAGCUUGGAAGCAAUUUCCGGGCUGACAUCGCUGGUGUCUCUUAAUGUAUCAAACUCUCGCAUUACGAGUGCGGGGUUGCAACAUCUGAAGCCACUCAAGAAACUGAAGUCGCUUACACUGGAGUCGUGUAAGGUGACUGCAAACGACAUCAAGAAACUCCAGUCCACCGACCUCCCGAAUCUGGUGAAUUAUAGGCCCGAAUGAUACGUCAAGAUGGGAACGUUAAAUUAUCUGCUCAGCUCAGCAUUGAGAAGCUGCUGUACAUAGACCAGUAAUAGUCUGUUCUGUUCUGUUUGGUUCCAUGCUGGAUGUGAAGCUCUCUUUUGUAUGGGAACUCAUAUGAAAAAGAAGGUAGAUAAAAGCUUCCAUGGCAUGGAGUAUGGAUUGCAGUCUCUCAACUCAUCACUAUUUCCCUCUGUACAUAUUUCCCAUCAUUAUGGUAUGAUGUUUGCUGUUUAUUACUUGUGUUUUUA